ACCAAGCAUUUGGCGUUCGCCAUAACGCCAUCAAGCGUCCAUUUUGUUUGAUUCUUCGGAGAAGGAACCGCCGGUGUUUGUUUAUAAUUUGGGAAUAUAAAUCCAGAAAUGAAUCGUCGUUCGGAAACCACCACGAAGGUAUUCGUUGGAAGCCUGCCCAACGGAGUCACCACCGAUGAUUUACGUCAGUUAUUCGCACCUUACGGAGCUAUCGCUGAAUGCGAUAUUUCCAACAGAUGUGGUUUCCUGCAUUUGGAAGACCACGAUCUCGCUAUGAAGGCCAUUUCUGAACUCAAUGGUACAAACUUCAUGGGCGGGAGAAUUUCCGUGGAAAAAGGACGUGUCAAGCCCAGGCGUGGCCCUGGCGGCGGAGGUCCGAUGCGUGGAGGAAAAGACAGAGGAGGACCUUACGCACGAAAUGAUUUCCGAGGCCCUCCCCAUAGAAACGGCGGCGGCUUUGGGGCCGGUCGCGAUUACCCUCCCUAUGGAGGCGGCGGCGACAGAUUUGGCGGCUACGACAGACCACAGAGGGGCGGUUAUGAGGGAGGAUAUGGGGAUAGAAGACCGCCGUACGACGAUCGGCGCGGAGGCGGUUUUGGGGGGGAUCGAAGGCCCUUCGGCAAUGAUUAUGAUCGGCGUCCGUAUGGAGAUGCUCGUGGUCCUGGUUAUCCAGAAGGGCCUAGAGGGGAGUUUGAUGAUAGAAGACCACCCCCACCUGCAGAAUAUGAUGAUAGAAGACCACUAAUGAAUGAUAGAAGACCAUUGUUAGAUCAGCAAGGUCCACCACCCAGAGGUCCUGGCACUUUUGACAGAGGGGCUCCAGUUGGAGAAUUGUACAGCAGAAGAGACACAGGACCAAAGCCAAUGGGUGGUGCAGGCGGCUUUGCAGACCGUAGUGGUUACGGUACGGGUUCGGCAAACGGCUACAGUGCCGCAUACGGAAGUCCCGCAACCGGCGCCCCGGCAGGUUACGGAGGUCCAACAGGUGCCCCGGCUAGCGGGUACGGAACCGGUGGCGGUAGUUUCGGCAACCCUCCUCCGCAAAGCGCCGGUUACAGCGACACCCGAGGUUACGGAACGGCACCAGGUUAUGGAAAUCCUGGCGGCUACGGCGACACGUACGGGACAGGAGCAGGAGGGCGUGGUUCUUACGACGCCGCUUACCCUCCACUACCUCAGCAGAGAGGAGGUUAUUUUUAAGCUGGCGUUGCGUUUGGAGUAGCGACAUCUGAGUGCGGUACGUCUAACUAUAUGCGGAUUGAGAUUUAAACGGACUUUGUAGAUGUAGUUGUGGUUAUUUAUAAAUUUGCGAAACAAAAAUUAUGCGCUGAAAGUAGGAAAAUUUGGGUAAAUUUGUGUCUUUACGGUAGGGUCUUUGUGCAAUGGAAGCGCCAAUAAGUAGCCUUAUAUAGAUUGGAAAUCUAAUAAGUGGUUUAAAACGUCUACCUGAUCUACUAGAUAUAGUUUUUGUUGUAGGUUAGAAUAGUUUUCACAGGUCGGGCAGACUUUUUUCCCCCCUCUUUUUUUUUCCUUAUUUUUAAAUUAUAUUUUCUAGCACUGUGGAAAGAGAAAAAACGCAAUAAAGCGAUUACAUAUUCUCUGAACUGUACUAAGUUUGUUCAAUUCUUAUUUGUAGCUAUGCGAACGAUGGCGGCCCUGGUCUCCAGCUCCCGGACGCAGAUUUUAAGCAGCCCUUUGUUGACACGACUGUCGUGUAAAUAUUUUUAAAACGGUCACUAAACGAAACACAUCCCUAGUAAAUAAGCUGCGUAUUUUCUCUAUACACCAAAUCAACCAAAAUGGCGCCCAGAUUUUAUUACCACCUAAUGCAAUUCGUAUUUUUUAAACGUAGUAUAAUUUUGCGUUUCAAUCUAGUUUUAAUGGUAACAAAUUAAUUUUCCUAUUUUGUAUUUUAUUCGUGAUCUUGGACGAAAUAUUAUCCUUUUGUGAGUUGUAUAGUUGACAUAAAUGUCUAUAAUAAAAACUGUCUUUUAUAA